AUGUUUCCUCUCAACCUCCACCCAGUGAUCAACUUUGGCGACAAAACAAACAAGCCAAACUCAAGCACUGUGGUGGAUUCAACGAUUGUGUCGACAAGAAGCGGUGACAAAAUGACCAACCCGACCUCUGACCCUGCACAGCAGACAACGAAUGUGGACACCGAAAUCGCAUCGAUGUUCAGCAAUUGGAGUAGACAGCAGAUUAUCGCAGUUUCAGCGGGCAUUACAGGAGUCAUCAUUUUCCUUGUACUGCUUGGAUUUCUCAUCAGAAAAAAAGCGGUACGCAUUCGAGCAUUUGCGCUUACAAUAAGACGACGAUGGGAGAACUACGUAUUCGAUUUACGAGUGAGCUUGGCGAAUCGAUUGCUCUAUGAGCAAAAUGUUGAAAUGACCGAGAACAACGAGCGUGAUCAAAGAACAGAUGACGAUUUGACUACAGAAGACGAUCGACCUUGCUGGAAUUGGACAUGA